AUGGUGUGCAAUGAUACUGAAGAACUUCGCUGUGAUCAUGAAGAGGCUGAUACGCGGAUGAUUGCUCAUGCACGACACGCUUCUCAAUUUUACUCCAGUAUCAUGAUCAAGAGUCCAGAUACAGAUGUGUUUCUGAUUGCGCUUAACGCCUGCUUAGACAUUCAUGCCGAUAUAUAUUUUGAAACUGGUACGGGUAAUGGAAGACGCAUUAUAUCACUCAGCAAAAUCAGGCAUUCUCUUGGAGACCAAUGGUGCAGUUCACUACUAGGCCUUCAUGCAUUUACAGGUACACACUGAACAUUACCAAAAUAAAUAUUGUAUAUAUUUCUAAUUAACUAUGCGAUAGAGUUACAUUUCUAUUAUACUCUUUCUUAGUUGUAUUAUUUUUUCUCCAGGUUGUGAUACCACCAGUGCGUUCUACGGUAAAGGCAAAGUUACUGCUCUGAAAAUCGCAAGAAUGAAAGAAAAAUAUGCAGAUCUCUUCUGGAACGUCGGCAGAGAAGCCACGGCAUCGACACCACUGAAGGAGGGCUUGUAUGGUUACGUGUGCCAUCUUUACGGUUUCGAAGAGUGCUCCGACGUCAACUCUGUUAGGUUUCAAAUUUUUAAGGGUGGAAAAUACGACGAAGAAUCAAUGCCACCAAAUCAGGAUUCGUUAGAUCAGCACGUGAGUCGAGCAAACUACCAAUGCUACAUCUGGCGUCAUGCAUCGCAACCGUUAUUGAACAUGGAACCUUUCUGCAACCACGGGUGGAAACUAGAUGAUUGUGGCAACGUCUUAGUCGACUGGAUGACCAUUCCUCCAGCCCCCGACUCGGUCCUGGAGUUUGCAAAUUGCAAAUGCAAGAAAGCCUGUCAAAACAACAGAUGUUCCUGUCUGAAAGCAAAGCUGAAGUGCUCAGAUUUGUGCAAGUGCAUUGGCUGUAAGAAUAACAAUGGUAAUGUUGAUGGAAACGAUGAAAAUGAUUCUGAUACUUACGAUCGCGAUGAACAAGAUCAUACCUCAAGUGACAUCAGCGAAGACGAAUACUAAGUCUCUCUUCAGGUUAAUAGUAUACAUUAUGAUGAACAAUAUACAAACUGGUAUACGCUAGUCCCAAUAAUCAUGAUCACGCCAAGUUAGUUCAUCUGAGGUUUUAAGCUUUUUAUUUGAAAACGUUGGGCCGUAUAUGAAGC